UGCAGUGACUCUCUCCUCCUCUCUCCUCUCCUCUCCUCUGGAUGAGUUCAUGCACUCUCACUCAGGAUUGCUCAUAUUCAUCUCCUAUUAUUUGUUUCUUUCUUUCUUUUUUCUCCUGCGAUGAAAUUUUGGCUUUAAACCGAAACGAGGACCAAAAAAAUCCGCUGCUGGAAAAAUGACGGUGGAUUUUGAAGACUGUCUGAAGGAUUCUCCCCGCUUUAGGGCGAACAUCGAUGAGGUGGAGAUUGAAGUGGUGGAGAUCGAGGCGAAGCUGGACAAGCUGGUGAAGUUAUGCAGUGGGAUGAUCGAAGCCGGGAAGGCCUACGUCAGCGCCAACAAGCUUUUCGUCAACGGCAUCCGGGACCUGUCUCAGCAGUGCAAGAAGGAUGAAAUGAUAUCAGAGUGUCUGGAGAAGUGUGGCGCAAGUCUGCAGGAGAUCGUCAACUAUCACAUGAUCCUGUUCGAUCAGGCGCAGAGAUCCGUGAAGCAGCAGUUGCACAAUUUUGUCAAAGAGGACGUGCGGAAGUUUAAGGAAACGAAAAAGCACUUCGAUAGGGUGCGUGAGGACCUGGAGAUCGCUCAGGUGAAGAACGCCCAGGCGCCAAGGAACAAGCCGCACGAGGUGGAGGAGGCCACCAGCUCACUCAACGUCACCCGCAAGUGCUACCGCCACUUAGCCCUGGACUAUGUUCUGCAGAUCAACGUCCUUCAGGCCAAGAAGAAAUUCGAGAUCCUAGAUGCAAUGCUGUCGUUUAUGCACGCCCAGUACUCGCUCUUUCAGCAGGGUUUUAAUCUGCUAGAUGAAAUCGACCCUUACAUGAAGAAGCUGGCCGCAGAGCUGGACCAGCUGGUGAUCGAUUCAGCGAUGGAGAAAAGAGACAUGGAGCACAAACACGCCACGAUACAACAGAGGACUCUCCUACAGGACUUUGCCUACGAUGACCCGAAGAUGGAGUUCAACGUGGACGCCCCGAACGGGGUGGUGAUGGAGGGCUACCUGUUCAAACGAGCCAGCAACGCCUUCAAAACCUGGAACAGGCGGUGGUUCUCCAUCCAGAACAGUCAGCUGGUGUAUCAGAAGAAGCUAAAGGACUCCCUGACUGUUGUAGUAGAGGACCUGAGACUUUGUUCGGUCAAACCCUGUGAGGACAUCGAGAGGAGGUUCUGCUUUGAAGUGGUGUCUCCUUCCAAGAGCUGUAUGCUGCAGGCUGAGUCAGAGAAACUCCGACAAGCCUGGAUCCAAGCAGUGCAGGCCAGCAUCGCGUCGGCCUACAGAGAGAGUCCAGACAGCUACUACACUGAGCGUCUAGACCGGACGGCGUCUCCCUCCACCAGCAGCAUCGACUCGGCGAGCGAGCCGCGAGAGCGUAGCGUCAGGGCCGAGAGCGUGCUGCAGAGGGUGCAGUGUGUCCCGGGCAACGACGUGUGCUGCGACUGUGGCCAAGCCGAUCCACGCUGGGCCAGCAUCAACCUAGGCAUCCUGCUCUGCAUCGAGUGCUCCGGCAUACACAGGAGUUUAGGAGUGCACUGCUCCAAAGUCCGGUCUCUCACCCUGGACUCCUGGGAACCUGAGCUUCUUAAGUUGAUGUGCGAACUGGGUAACAGUGUUAUAAACCACAUCUAUGAGGGCACGUGUGAGGAGCAGGGCAUGAAAAAGCCAGGAGCCAACAGUCCCAGGCAAGAAAAAGAGGCGUGGAUUCGCGCCAAGUACGUGGAAAAGAAGUUCUUGAAGAAGAUGGGAACAGCGGAAGCCCUGGUGAACAGCGAGAGAAAAUCAGAGAGGCGUUGGGCUGUGAAAAAGUGCCGACGCUACCACAGCACCACCGCCGUGCCCAAACACCGGCGGAAAUACAGACAGGAUCCCGGCUCGGGUUCCCUCUGCUCAGCCACCACAGCUUUGGAGAGGAAGUUCAGACGAGAUUCGCUCUUCUGUCCUGACGAACUGGACUCCCUGUUCUCCUAUUUUGACAACAGCUCGGGGCCUCGCAGUCCCGCAGGUCUCAGCAGCGACAGCGGUCUGGGCGGCAGCAGCGACGGCAGCACAGACGUCCUUCUGUUUGGCCCGGUGGUGGACAGCGUCACUGAAGAAGAGUGUGAAGUGUCCGAGGACUCGAGCGGUGAGGUGGAGCUGGAGCCGGAGGCAUCAGACCCGGAGGACGCGCGUGAGUUGCCUCUCGGCACACUGCUCUAUAAAGCCUGCCAGGCUCGUAACCUUCCCGUCAUGGCCGAAGCGCUGGCACACGGCGCUGAUGUCAACUCCGCGAACGACGAGGACGAGGGCAAGAGUCCCCUCAUACAGGCCGUGAUCGGAGGAUCUUUAAUAGCAUGCGAGUUUCUGCUACAAAACGGUGCAGACGUCAACCAAAGAGACCUGAAAGGAAGGGGGCCGUUACACCACGCUACGUAUUUAGGGCACACAGGGCAGGUGUGUUUGUUCCUGAAACGAGGAGCCACACAGAAUGACGGCGAUGAUGACGGUCAGGAUCCUCUCAGCAUAGCGGUGCAGGCUGCCAACGCUGACAUCGUCACUCUGCUGCGUCUGGCGCGGAUGAACGAGGAGAUGAGGGAGUCCGAGGGGCCGCUGGGACAGCCAGGCGACACCACGUAUCUGGACAUCUUCCGCGAGUUUUCCCACAUGGCGUCUCACAACCCUGAGAAGCUCAAGCGCAGGAGCAUUCACUUUCGCCACUCCUUCAGAGUUUGAUGGACGGGAUGUAGGCGUGGACCCGGAAAUGGCAGAAAACCCCCCCAAAAAAGUCGAACUUCACAUUUCACACAGAAUCUGCACAGACUGGAGCUAUAAAGCAACAGUGUUGACACGGACUUAGAGAAUGACUGAAUUUACAGAACCCCAAAAAUUCAACUUAAAAUCAAUUACGAAUACAUUAAUUUUAAAAAGUUUUUUUUGAAAAUGCUUGUGCAAAGGAUUUAUUACAAAAAUGUUUUGUAAGCUUUAAGGACUAUAUGAGGGUCAGCUGGACUUAUCCUCCUUUUUUUACCUACACGUUAUUUUAAUAUUUUUUUUUUUUUGGUGGGAGGGUAUUUUGUGUUUGAAUACUGUCUAGACAUUCAGAAAAUAGUGACUAAAUCUUGCAUCACUACAGUUAUUGUAGAGGAUAGGAUUUCUACAAUAGGUCAUGGCUGCAUAUAAUACAAAAAAAUGAAGGAAUGUCAGUUUUUGCUUUUGUUUUAAUGCAUUUAUUAUCUUCAUCUGCUUCUUUUAUUCAAAACAAUCCCAGUUCACACUAUGAUGUAUUUGGGACUGUAAGUAAAUCGUCUUCAGCUCCUUUCCAGUUGUGUCAGGUUUGUAGCGUGAUCGUCAGUGAUGACUAUGCUGGUGUAGUCCUACAUUUGUCCUGCUCCUUAUUCUGUACAGUUACCAUAUAGGAUUGCAAACUCAAAGGCAGAUGGUGUACGUGUAUAGUACUUUUUAGAUGCAAAAUGCUAAUAUAUCAUGAGAAUUGUGGUAUUUUGUAACAAAAAAAAUAAAGCUAAAAUCAAUCUG